CAGGGAAUUGUAGAGUUUUAGUUCCGAACUCUGGGCUACACAGACGGUGUAGGAGAGAAGUUGGUCUGGAGAUGAAGAGCAACGCCGCUCGGCACGCACGCAUACGGUCAGGACAAAGCCCACAAACCGAGCCACAACACGCCACGGAGUCCACGUGUAGCGUAAGCAAAAGGUCAGAGGUCGUGUGUAACAGAGAGGGCGGGUGUUCUAGGAACGAUGGCAGCGGGAGCAGUGAGCCAAGUGCAGGAGAUAAGAGACAUAACCAGGAUUGAGAGGAUUGGUGCUCAUUCCCAUAUCAGAGGACUGGGACUGGAUGAUGCACUGGAACCCAGACCUGUGUCGCAGGGGAUGGUUGGGCAGCUGGCAGCAAGGAGAGCAGCUGGAAUUGUGCUGGAGAUGGUGAAGGAUGGUAAGAUAGCAGGGAGAGCAGUCAUGAUUGCUGGCCAACCAGGCACAGGGAAGACAGCCAUCGCCAUGGGGAUGGCGCAGGCCCUGGGCGUGGACACUCCAUUCACUGCCAUGGCUGGCUCUGAGAUCUUCUCUCUUGAGAUGGGAAAGACGGAGGCCCUCACUCAGGCAUUCCGCAAGUCCAUUGGAGUUAGGAUCAAAGAAGAGACAGAGAUCAUUGAGGGUGAGGUGGUGGAGGUACAGAUUGACAGACCAACUAGUGCCUCUGGGGCGCGGGAAGGAAAGCUGACCCUGAAGACCACAGAGAUGGAAACCGUCUAUGAUCUUGGUGGGAAGAUGAUUGAGUCCCUCACCAAGGAGAAGGUGCAGGCAGGCGACAUCAUCACUAUCGACAAGGCAACGGGGAAAGUGUCGCGACUUGGUCGUUCCUUCACUCGUGCCCGAGACUACGACGCCAUGGGUCCCCAGACCAAGUUUGUGCAGUGUCCCGAGGGAGAACUACAGAAGAGGAAGGAAGUCGUUCACACUGUGUCUCUCCAUGAAAUUGACGUCAUCAACUCUCGAACGCAGGGGUUCCUGGCCCUAUUCUCAGGGGACACUGGAGAGAUAAAGAGUGAAGUGAGAGAGCAGAUAAACUCCAAGGUGGCGGAGUGGAGGGAGGAAGGGAAGGCAGAGAUUGUUCCAGGAGUGCUCUUCAUUGACGAGGUGCACAUGUUGGAUAUCGAGUGUUUUUCAUUCCUGAACCGCGCCCUAGAGUCUGACAUGGCCCCGAUCCUGAUCAUGGCAACCAACAGAGGAAUCACCAAGAUACGAGGCACUAGCUACACUAGUCCUCAUGGAGUUCCUAUAGACCUUCUGGAUCGUCUGCUUAUCAUCUCCACUCAGCCUUAUUCAGAGAGAGAGAUAAAGCAGAUUCUGUCCAUCAGGUGCGAGGAAGAAGAUGUUGAGAUGACAGAGGAUGCUGUUGCCAUUCUGACAAGGAUCGGCAUGGAAACCAGUCUCCGCUAUGCCAUGCAGCUCAUCACUGCCGCCAGUCUCACAUGCCGCAAGAGAAAGGGGUCAGAGGUUGAUGUUGAUGACAUUAAGAGAGUUUAUUCGCUGUUUCUGGAUGAGCAUCGCAGCACUCAGUUUCUGCAGGAGUACCAAGACCAGUUCCUCUUCUGUGAAAAGACCACACCUGUUGCUAUGGAUACAGUCUGAACUGAGCUCUAAGUAUAAAAAAACCACAAACUCUUUGUUUCACACGUUAGAAGCUAUAAUAUAUGACCAUAAUAAUAUCGAUAAUAUAUGACAGCUGUAAGUCUUUACGAUGCGUCUUUGAGCAAAUUUUCAGUGGAUCCAACGGGUGUGGCCACGUGAGAGGAGGGGUCGGCAUGGAGAUGCAGCAUAUCCAUAGUUCCUCCUCUGACAUCCUGAAUGUCAAUGGUGGAGCGAAGGAUGUCAGGGUUAGACCUGGCUUUGGCCAGUCGGGCAAAGUCGUCAUCAGCAGCGGCACUCAGAGACUCUGCCUCGGAGGAGAGGGAUGGACGAGUCACUCGGAGUGAGGGUGGCGCCAAGUCCACUGCUUCCUGCUGUGUUGAAGGAUGGGUGGGAAUGUGAGGUCGUGGAGGAGUGUGUUGGGUGUCACUUGGGAGCUGAGGCUCAAACAGACACUCUCUGUCAGGAGGACUGGGGAACUGUCCUUGUUGCUCCUGCAGGAUCUGGUAGGCAAGAUAGAAGGCCUUGGCCACUGCAAGAGCUAAAGCAUAGGCCUUUUCUUCUGACACGCAGCGAAAAACGUGGCAGUAGAACUCCCCAUCGUCUCCCUUGGCAACAAAGCUGAAGGCUGUGUGUUGACAGCGGUCGGUGCCGCAGUAGGAGACAUGGAAGAGAGGAAAGUCCCAGAGAACUGCGCCACCCCCCACCCUCUUCACCCUCAGGGUGGUGGUGGUGACCCUGACUCUGACCUCCUCCCCUUCCUCCCCCCACAGCUGUCUGACAGUGGAGUCCGUCACCCCGUGGUCCUGUGCCAGAGAGCUCGACACCAGCUGCCGCCCCAAGUACGUCACCUGGAAGUUGAUUCCCUGAACAAAUGGAGUCGUAUCUUGCUCGGGGGAGAGGUGGCGAGGCUCUUGCUCAACUUCCCUUCCCUGCUGCGUCCCAAACUUUCUUCUGAACAGCGGGCUGUUCCUGAUGCUGUCGACGGCACCGCUCGCAGCCUUCUUCACUGCCUCCAUGUCUGCGUGUGUCGCCGUAUGAGGGGCGGGGCCGCGAGUGUAGCACCCCACCCACUUGCUUUCUGCCGUAUAAUGUAUGUCCAUCCUCUUUCUCUCCAUCCCAACAAGAUGUGGGACAUUCUGAAGGUGAACCAAAAGGUAGAGAAAGUGAUACCCCUGGCCCCCAGCUCUCCUAAACCCGCCAACCACACUCGUUUCGUCUGUAUCUCUGACACCCACAGUCAUUUGCCGAAGGAUUUCCAAGUGCCUGCAGGAGACGUGCUAAUCCAUGCAGGUGACUUCAGCAACACCGGCCUACCCAGAGAGAUAGAUGAGUUCAGACAGUUCUUGGAGGGACAGCCCCACCCCCACAAGGUUGUGAUUGCAGGAAAUCACGAUCUCCCAUUUGAUGUCGCCAACUAUGGGACCCUCUGGAGGAGGUUUGGACACCCUCGACAGUUUGACAGCCAGCAGCUGCGAGGGCUGGUAAUCAAGGCAAGGGGAGUUGAGUAUCUGGAGGAUUCAGGGACCGCCAUCAAUGGAAUAUCUUUGUGGGGAUCCCCAUGGCAGCCAGAGUUUUGUGACUGGGCCUUCAACCUUCCGCGAGGCCAGCCAUGUCAGGAGAAAUGGGACCUUAUUCCGAGCAGUGUGGAUGUGUUGGUGACCCAUGGUCCUCCUCUAGGUCACGGAGACCUCUGCAGCAACGGGAUGAGGGCUGGGUGUGUUCAACUGCUGCUCACCAUCCAGCAGAGGGUACUGCCACAGUACCACGUCUUUGGCCACAUACAUGAAGGUUAUGGGCUCACUUGUGAUGGCCACACCACAUUUAUCAACUGCUCCACAUGCAACCUCACCUACCAACCUGUUCACCCUCCAGUUGUAUUUGAUGUUCCAAAUAAACUAUAG